AUGGAGGGCUAUUCAAGAAAAGAUGUGGGAUGUCCUCAGUUGCUUGAUUUGAUUCCAAAAGAGAAGGAAUGGCUUGUGAAAAGUGCAGAAGAAACAAACCAUGGACUUUCAGAGGAGAAAAAGCUUGAGCUAAGACUUGGUCCACCUGGUGGAGAUUGGACAUUCAAACAAAUUAAUGGUCCCAAAAAUGAGUCUCUGCUCUCUUUUGGCUUCUUCCCUAACACCACCGCCGGCGCAACCACCACCAGUGCCCCCACUCCAUGGCAACACCAAGCAAAGGCUUCAUUUUUUCCCCUUAUGGAAAAGAAAUCGUGUAGAACAGUAGAGUUGCAGGGUGCAGAAAAGAAGGCAUUUUCACCUGCAAAUAAGGCAGUGCCUAACAGCAGCAAUGCUCAGAAAAGAACUGCUCCUGCUCCAGUGGUGGGAUGGCCUCCAAUUCGUUCGUUUAGGAAGAAUCUUGCAAAUGGCAAUUCUUCUAAAUUAUCCUCUGAGUCACAGAGUGUGGUCCCGGACAAAGAUUUCAGCAAAAAACCUAUUGAAAAUUGCCCCAAAAGUAGGUUUGUGAAGAUAAACAUGGAUGGUGUUCCCAUUGGAAGGAAAGUGGAUCUUAAAGCGUUCAAUAGCUAUGAAAAACUCUCCUCAGCCGUUGAUGAACUCUUCAGAGGUUUACUUGCAGCUCAAAGUGAUUCUUCGACGAAUGGUAUCGAAAACGAGUUAGAGGAAGAGAAAGUGAUAAGUGGUUUGUUGAAUGGAAGUGGGGAAUAUACCCUUGUUUAUGAAGAUAAUGAAGGGGACAGGAUGCUUGUUGGAGAUGUCCCGUGGGACAUGUUUGUAUCAACUGUGAAGAGGCUGCGUGUACUGAAAAGCUCUGAACUUCCAAUGCUAUCCUGUGGAAGUAAACCGGGAAAGCUCUCUCUCGACGGUUCAAUCUAA